AGAAUUUCAGCAUACAAACAACUGCACAAGGUUCAGUCAUUCAGUAUUUGACAGCCUGUCCACCUUAAAUCAAGACCUCUCAGAUUUAAGCUGGUAUGCAAACCAUUGUGCUGUUGGUACUAUGGGUACUGGGAACAUCACUGGUGUUACCAGACCCCGACACAGCUGGAGAGAAGGUGACUGAAGAGCCUAUUCCAUGUUCUAAGGGCUGCACCUGCCUGCAUGAUGACUACAGCUUGGAGCUCAACAUGUAUUGCAGUACUCGUAACUUCACACAAGUCCCGUCUGACAUGCCAACAUCCACCCAUUCUCUCUGGCUGGAUGGCAACUUGUUCACCACACUUCCAGCAGUGUCUUUUAAGGAUCUUACCAACUUGGACUUUUUGAAUCUGCAGAGCGGCCAGCUGGUGACACUUGACCCUCAAGCUUUCAAAGGACUUAGGUCGCUAGCACACAUUCACCUUGAGCGAAAUGGCCUCCGUUCGUUACCAGGUACAAUCUUCCAGAACACACCUAACCUUGCUUCACUCAGUCUGCACAACAACCAGCUCACUCGCAUUGAGGAAAGACUGUUUGCAGGACUCUCCCACAUGUGGCUUCUCAACCUUGGGUGGAACUCAAUAGCAGUCUUACCUGAAACAGCUUUCCAUGACCUGCAAGGUCUACGAGAGCUUGUUCUUGCAGGGAACAGACUCGCUUACUUGCAGCCACAGCUUUUCCAAAAUCUUGUUGAGCUUAAAGAGUUGGAUCUAACUGGGAAUUACCUCAAGGUUAUCAAAGCCAAUGUGUUUCUUAAACUCAUUAAAUUGCAAAAGCUGUACCUGGCCCAGAAUCACAUUGUGACAGUGGUGCCCAGAGCCUUUGCAGGCAUGAAGUCGCUCAGAUGGUUGGAUCUCACAAACAACAGAUUGACUUCUCUGCAUGAUGACACUUUCCUGGGCCUGCACAGUCUUCAUGUACUGCGUCUCUCCAACAACUCCAUCACAGGAAUUAGGCCCAGGACUUUCCGUGAUCUGCAGUACUUAGAGGAACUACGCCUCAGUUACAACAGGAUCCGAGCCCUGGGGGAGAGGAUCUUUGAAGGGCUUUGUCAUCUGGAGGUCUUAGAGCUAGAACACAACCAAGUGCAGGAGGCACAAGUGGGUAGUUUCACAGGCCUCUCUCAUGUGGCUGUCAUCAACCUGUCUGGAAGCUGCUUCCACAGUCUGCCAGACCAAGUAUUCAAAGGUCUGCCAAAGCUUCACAGCCUUCAUCUGGACAGAGGCUGCCUAACAAGGAUCACAACUCAAGCGUUCACUGGACUCUCUGGUCUAAGGAGGCUUUUCUUGCAGCACAACAACAUCUCUGUGGUAGAACGCCAGAGCUUUGUAGAUCUGGUUGGCUUAUCGGGACUGGACUUGAGUUUCAACAAAUUGGAGGUUCUAACAAUCCACACAUUCUCUGGUCUCAAGAAUUUGGAGUACUUGCUGUUGUCCAACAAUGAAUGUCGACAGUUUUUGCAGAACGGCACAAAGCAGGUACUUCCAAGGAUGCGCUUUCUGGACCUGAGAGCUAAUGCCUUGACAAACAUGGUCCCUGAUUUCCCAGAGAAUAUGGAAAAACUUUUGUUGUCGGGGAACCGUUGGAAAUGUGACUGCAGCUCCCUCCCACUCAGAAACUACAGCUUGAGGAAUCCAUUGGUGAUACCUAGGCGAGUGGAGACCCAUGCAGAGGGAGAAGAGCCUGACACAACCAUCACCCUACACAACAACAUUACAUGCACCAGCCCACCACGUCUAGCUGGUCAGGACCUACGGGAUAUUGACAAUGAAUUCUUCCAAGGCUGCUAAGCAGACCCAGUAUACAGUCAUGUUUAGAGGAUUUGUUGGUACACAGCACAGAAUAUUUCAAAAUUGUUAUCAGCAAUUCAACGAUAUCAAUUCUCUCAGUUUUUGAUUUCAAGAUCGAAAUUGUAUUGCUCAUGUGUGAUUCAUUUUCUUUUUUCACAACAACAGUAUUUAUAAAUUGUUGUUAUUUGUAGCGUGUAUAAAAAUGUAAUUUGUUUCAGAUUUGAGGGUUGCAAAGAAUUUUCUUCAAUGAAAAGACCAAAACCAUUUUUUCUUUUGCUUCAGCUUGAUGGAGUCAUAUUAAAUGUACUUGUUUAAUUGUGGGAGAAUGUGAUGACAGUUGGUAAAUUGUCAUCUCUCUGCAGAAAAUUUUAUGGAACCAAUCCACAACAAAUGCUUUGAAAUAAUUCAGUCUAUAGUGACAUUAUAGAAUAAGAUGGACUGUAAAGAGCUGAAUUUUACCACUGUGGUGGGGUAGCUUGAUAUGACAGGUCUCCAAAAAAGUGGAUAAAUCCAGGUGUGAUGUAUUUUGAAGUAUCUUUAAAAUAGCCUACUUUUAGUUUGUUGCUCCAUAAACCACCUGAACCUCCAUUCAUGCCCUUGAACACAGAAAAUAUCAAAUUUACAUAACAAUAUGAUAACACUUUUGUAGCUGUGGUCAUGAGCAUUGUAGGACAAUAAAAUGGAGAUAACAAGCAAAUCAGCAAACCCUGAAAAACAAUGGCAACACGGCCUGUAAUUUGAAAUGGAAACACACGUGGCACAGGUUUCUGGAAGCCCCCAAAACACUUAUACAAAACUGAGAGCAACAAACUGAAAUGUCAUCUUACAAAAUUUUAAGUUUAAGCCAUUGAGCUCACAUUUUAUUAAAUUAUUUAUGUGACUGGGCUGGGUGGUUACUGGCAGAAAAAAAUAUACACAGCUCAUACACUAAAAUGUCCUCAAGUAUGUUGUAGAUGUUGUAUUAUUUGGUGUAGUAAAGCUCCAUGUUUGUCACUUUAAAAAGACGCACUAAUGGGAAACUGCCUUAAAGGUGCAAUAAAAGUAUUAAAACUG